UGUUUUGUUUCCCAGCAGGAUGAGUUGGUGCUCCCGGUAAGAUCUAAGAAGUCUCCCUUUAGUGGCCUUUGGUGCGUCGUGCUCGGCUUGGUGAUCUUCCUGUCAGGCUUGAUCAUGGCGUCGGUAUGCCUGUACCGAUACUACUUCAACCCGCAGAUCCCAGAGGACAGUUUGUUCCACUGUCGGGUGAUGUACGAGGACCCCCUGUUCGCCCCAUUACUCGGAAGACAGGAGCUAGAGGAGAACGUCGGCAUCUUCCUGGAUGACAACUACGAGCAGAUCAGCGUGCCUGUGCCCGACUUCGGAAGCAGCGACCCGGCUGACAUCAUUCACGACUUUCACAGG